UUUUUUUUUGUUCUCGCUAUCACUUCUUCUCUCUCACUCCUUCUCUCUCACUCCCUCUUUCUUUCUCAUCCACUCUUCUUCCUCCUAGUCUUCUUUUUUCCUCCAGUUGGCAUCCCGCUCUCGCCCACUUGCUCAUUUCAUCUGCUCAUUCUCAUUCGGCUUCACCCCCUGUGCUUUGUUCCACUGCACGCCCUUUUCUAGCGCAUAUUCUCGCAUGUUUUUUUCAUUACUAUAGUACUUCGAAGACUGACACGAUUGUGUGUCUCACCUGCGCACGUUGUGCCUCCCCCCUUUUUUUCAUUCUCAGUCGCUUCUCGCGACAAAACAGCACUCUCCUCCUCUCUCUUCCUCUUGUCUCUCAGUUCUUUUGUUUCCCCCCCUCCCCCCUCCCUCCCCUCCCCCUUCUCCCUCUACCUACGGCAACCAACACACGACUUCCGAAAAAGACUUGGACGUCGCUCAAAUACCUCAAUUACCUCUCGAAAUGGAACUCUCGCCAGUAUCACACUGCGAUGGAUCUGAAACGUCCCACAGAUCAACCCUAGUCAACAAAGCCCCGCUCCUAACCAACCAGUUCACCAAUGGCCGUUCGGAUCAAAAAAAGGCCAAGGCCGUAAGCGACGCCAUCGACAAAUGCCUAAGGGCAGAAAAAGAACGCCAGCACAAAGACGGAGGGAUCAAAUUACUCAUCCUUGGUCCUUCGGAGACCGGCAAGACGACUGUUCUAAAACAGCUCAAAUUACUUUAUGGUACCAGGGGGUUGGAUGCUGAGCGUCAGACAUAUCGGCGAGUGGUCUAUCUAAAUGUGAUGAGAGCCAUUCAGGCAAUUGUGGUGGGUCUGAAGCUCGCCAAUAUCGAGUUGGAGAAGCCUGAGAAUGUGGAUCAUCUGGAAGUCCUGUCACGACUGGAGCCAACCUUGAAGCGGUAUUCGAUCUCUGAGCUUGGCUACACAAAUCCCGCGAUCCCUCGGAAGAUUACCGAUGCAAAGGCAGAAACGGACAUGUUUGCGGAAAUGGUACCAGCUAUUAAGGCACUGUGGUCGGACGCGGGUAUCCAGACUACGUUCACCACAUGCACACAACUUAAUAUCCAGGACUCGGCAAAAUACUUUUUGGAUGCAGUUGACCGGAUCGCAGAUCCAGAAUACGUUCCUACGGACGACGACAUUUUGCAGGCGAGGGUCAGGACUCUAGUGGUUUCGGAACAUAUUUUCAAUAUCGACAACGUGGCAUACAGGAUAUUUGAUGUGGGCGGACAAAAAUCGUUGCGUAAAUAUUGGGCGCCCUAUUUCGAUGAUGUUAAUGCGAUCAUCUUCAUGGCUGCUUUAUCAGCAUACGACCAACCCUGCGAAGACGACCCCGGCUUGAACAGGCUCCAGGAAUGCAUGCUCCUCUUCAACGAGAUCGCAAACCACAAGCUGUUCGCGUUGACAUCUAUGAUUCUGUUCUUGAACAAGAUCGAUAUUUUCCAGCGGAAGCUUGAGGCGGGAUCUUUAGUCAGCACGCACUUCCCGGAGUACCGUGGACCAAACGAUUACUUCAGCACAACAGUAUUUUUCCAGUACCGGUUCCUGCAGCAAUGUAAAGAUCUGCAGAAACAGGUAUACACUCACUUCACUCAUGCCACGGAUACCAACCAGAUGCGAGUCAUUGUCGUGGCAGUCAACGCUAUCGUGCAGCGGCUGAAUCUUCGCAGCUCUGGGCUCAUGUAGGGCGAACCUUUGUCCCAUGACAAAAAAUCCUUAUCCUUAGCAUCCCACUGUACUGUGCCCUCACUCCAAUCAAACGUGAUCCGACUUGGAUCUUAGACAAUCAAAAGGUGCUGAACCAAUUAUGGACUUUGAAACUUGCGCGUACAAAAACAUAACCACAUUCAUCUUCAAGAUCACUCAUACUUCUUAGAGCCUGACAGGGCAAAAAAAAAAAAAAAAAAAA